AUGUCGGACUGCGGUGCCCCAGCCUCUACUUCCGUCGAUGUAGAGCAUGGCGAAGGUCAGGAAGGCUUGACACAAUCGUUUCCACGCUCCAAGGAGCACGACUUCAUCGAAUCAUUCUCCCGGCGACCGAGCUUUAUGGACCAUCUAGCGGACUCACGAGAAUCGCAGUUUCAGGUUCAGGACAGAAGCGAGUUGGAACGGUACUUCCAUGGACCACGGAAUAUGACCAGGCAUUCAAAAUGGCCAACGGUAAUGAGGGUUCAAGGGAGUGUACUGCCUCAGAUGAUUCUACCGCUGUUGCUUGUUGGAGGCUGGGCCACUCUCAUUACCUGCAUUUCUCAUUUCAAACAUAAUCUUGGUAUUAACAAUAUCCUUUUAACCGUGCUUGGUUUCGUUGUGGGUCUGUCGUUGUCUUUCCGCGGGUCGACUGCGUACGAAAGAUGGGCAGAUGGACGCAAGUACUGGGCUGGGCUUAUUCAGACCUCGCGUAAUCUGGCCCGCAUCAUCUGGGUACACAUCGGCGAACGAGAAGGAGAGGAGAAUAGCAAGGUGGAUCUUCUGAGAAAGCUAUCAGCCAUGAACCUCAUUCUCGCCUUCGCAGUCUCAUUGAAACACAAGCUCCGAUUUGAGCCUGAUGUCGCUUACGAGGACCUAGCAGGUCUCAUCGGCCAUCUAGAUACGUUUGCUUUCGACGCGCACGACCAUAGUGUUGUAUUGCCGCAUUCAAAAACGCCGUGGAAAUCCAUGGGAGAGUAUCUUGGUUUCUCGUUCGCCAAGUCUAACCCCCGCAAGCUCAUCAAGCGGUCCAAGAAACCACUAGGGCAUCUUCCUUUUGAGAUCCUGGUCCAUCUCUCUGCCUACGUUGAGUCGUGCGUCAAGAAUGGCACACUCUCCUUGCCUCAGUAUCAGGGCCAAAUUAUGGCUAUGCUGUCCUCGCUCAAUGAGAUCUUGACUGGAACGGAGCGAGUGCUCGAUACGCCUCUACCUGCGGCUUAUAGUAUCGCUAUAUCGCAGAUUUCGUGGGUCUAUGUGAUGCUUCUCCCAUUCCAGUUAUAUAACUUCUUGCAUUGGACUACAAUCCCUGCAUCUAUGGUUGCCGCAUACAUAAUUAUUGGUCUCCUCUUCAUCGGCAGUGAGAUUGAGAAUCCCUUCGGAGAAGACGUCAACGACCUACCGCUCACUACAUACUGUCGCCAAAUCGCCAAGGAACUUGAUAUUAUCACCGCAACUCCACCUCCAAAUGUUGAAGACUUUAUGAGCCGACCAGAAAACUUGGUGCUCUUUCCCCUUAGUCAGGAUGGGUAUCCUGCAUGGAAGAAUAGGAGCAGGGCAGAUAUCCAUGCUGCUUUACGUGCCAAGUUCGUUACCAAUCCAGGCUCUGUGGAUGGAUCAAAUAUCUCUACCAUGGGAACGAGUUUCUCAACACGAAAAACAAUGGAUUCCGUGUGA